AUGCUAUCGCGAAAGUUGGUUGUUCUGCUUUUGGGAGGAGCAUUGGCAACGUGUCUACCAACAGACCGGUGUGAAACCCAACCAAACUUCGACGUCGGGCUUAUUGAUGUCAUCCCAACCAUUCCUACUUUCGAAAACCUCGCUGUCCGAAAAAAUGGCGAAGUCCUUAUCACGUCUGUUGUCUCUUCCUGGCUACACCAAAUCUCACCAAACGCUAGCUAUCUGCCUAUACCUAUCGCCAGAAUACCCACAUUCACAGGUAUACUAGGCAUUACCGAGCUACAGAGGGAUUUGUUUUACGUCAUCUCCUCCAACAUGACUGGGACUACCUGUUCGAACUCUGUCUGGGAGAUUGAUCUGCGCAACGUCACCGUUACACCCUCUGGCGACAUCUCUCAGCCAGCCCAGAUUUCUCUUAUCCAGGAGUUAUGUACAGCACGACAACUCAACGGCCUGACUGGCUUGUCUACGAAUGAUACCACCAACCUUUUGAUUUCCGACUCGGCGAACGGUACUGUGUACAAACUGAACGUCAAGACCGGAGAUUACAAGAUCGUUCUGGAAGAGCCGGAGUUUGAUCCUUUGCCUGAAGGUCUACAUGUCGGAAUAAAUGGCAUUCACGUUCACGACGAUGCUCUAUAUUUUUCCAGCUUGGACCAAGGGCUCUUUGCUAGGGUUCCAAUAUCCCUUGCAACUGGCUUUGCUACUGGCGCGGUUGAGAUUCUUGCGACGAACAUCACCAACGGAGACGAUUUCGCCAUCUCCCCUCAGGGCACGCGUGCUUGGAUAGCUACAAACGGCCCUAACGAAAUUGUCGAGGUCGACAUUGCAAACAAAACUCAGCGUAUCGCGGCCAGUAGUCCUUUCCUAGGAUCCGCAUCAUCGAUAGCGCUUGGCUAUUGGCAGUCAAAGGAGGUUCUAUACGUGACUGGUGGAUUAGCUGUUGGGAUAUCUACUAGUAAAACUCGAGGCCAUCUCGCUGCAGCUAGAUGGAAUUGGCAUGGAGUUUGA